GCACUGAGGAGAGACGAAGAGCACCGAGCGCAGCCGGAGAGAUCCGAGAGUAGCCGGAGAGAGCCGAGCGUCCCCGAAGCAGGGACGAGCGAGGACAAAAAGAGCUGAGUGCCUGGAGGGCCCGAGCCUGCGUUGAGCGAAGCCGAAAAGUGCCGAAGGGGGACGGGGCAGCCCGAGGGGCGCGAGCGCGCCCCCCGGCGGAGGCACCGCGCCGGUGGCGUGUCCGGACAGGAUCACGUGGCACGCCCGCCACCCCACUCGCCCCCGGCCCCGGUACCGGGUCAUCCCCAGGACCGAGGCCACCAACACCCCGGUGUGGCCGUCACCGCACCGGCAACAGCGCCCGCGGGCGCCGGCCGUACUGUCACAAAGCCCCGCUGUGACUUUCUCCCUGCAGCGGCUCCCUUCCUCAGUGCCCCCAGUGAUGCUCCCUGUGAUCCAGGCGGGCUGGGCUUUGGGAUCCCCAUUCCAACCCUGUUCCGGGGGCAGCGCAGUGGCGGUGAUCCCUACAGCAUGAGCCAUGGGAACCCGGCAGGAUUAAUUGGGGUGUCCAAGAGGUGUGAGGCUGGGAACUGACAAGAAGAGUAAUGCAGCCCCCGUGGGACGAGCCGUGAGGCGCCAGUGGAAUGCGCUGUGGGGUCCCAGUGGGUUAGCUGUGGUGUCCUAGUGGGGUGAGCCAUGGAGUUCCACUGGUAUGAGCCGUGGGGCCCCACUGGAGUGAGCCAGGGUCCCCACAGGGUGGCCCGCGGGGCAGCACGGAGGGAGGGCCCGGUGCAGGCGGUGCCGUGGGGCAGGAAGCAGUGUGCUGCGGAAGCCGGCAGCCCUGGCUGAGGCUGUUCGCACGCGUUCCCGGUCAGCAGCCCCCAUGGCAGCUCCUGGCACCUUCCUUGUGCCCGUCCUCCUCUUCCUCUGUGGGCCAGGUCCCCACCCUGCUGCUGCCCACAGCCACCCAGGGGUGGAGUGUGUUCUCUUCAACGAGGAGUACAUGACCUGUGUGUGGGGGAGCAAAGAGAUGCCCACAGUCAACUACUCCCUCUUCUACUGGUACAAGAAUGCGUCUGACAAGGUGGUGGAGUGCAAGCGCUACCUGCGGGACCAGGGCGUCAGGAUCGGCUGCUACUUUGAGCAGAACGAGCUCAUCCAGUUCCAGCCUUUCCAUGUUCUCAUCAAUGCCAGCGUUGGCGGCAAGACCCUGGAGAUCCCCAGCGAGCGCAUGGAGCUGCAGGACCUGGUGAAACCAGCGGCACCUGUCAACCUGACCAUCCGCAACACCAGCAACAAUCAGCUGCAGCUGACCUGGGCCUCCCCAUACCCCAGAGGCACGUGCCUGGAGCAUGCUGUCAAGUACAAGAGCAACAAGGACACCGGCUGGACGGAGCUCUCAGUGAAUAGAGAUGUCUUCUCCUUACCAAGUGUGGACUAUGAGAAGUCCUACACCUUCUACGUGCGCAGCAAGAUCAACAAAUUCUGUGGCACAACCCAGUUCUGGAGCGAGUGGAGCCUUCCUGUCAUCUGGGGCAGCAACUCCACCAGCAAAGGCACGGUGAAGGAACAGCUAUACUGGUUUGGGAUCCACACGAUCGUGGUCCCCAUUGUCUCCUGCCUGCUCCUGCUGGUCCUUAUCAUCCUGCUGGUGCGCAUGGAAAGAGUAUGGGUCAUCCUGAUGCCCCGAAUUCCCAACCCCAGCAAGAAUUUUGAUGAGCUGUUCAUCACUCACAACGGCAAUUUCCAGGAAUGGGCUGGAGUCCCCAAGGAUGUCGUGGAGAGCUUCAAGCCCAACUACAGCGAGAACAUCUGCUAUGUGACUGAGCUGCCACCCAAGGACAGCCACGAACCUCUCUGGGACAACAGUAACCAUGCACCACCUCCAAUGCCUGGGCCCCCAGCCACCCCCAGUGAGCACAGCCCCUACCAGAACAGCUAUGGGAGACUGUGACACAUUCCUGUACCCCUGCAUCCCUCAUUCUCCACAGCUUUGCUGCCCAAACCUUAUUGCUCCCUGCUUCUCCCAUUCCUCUGCCAAAUGUUCUGGAUCCUGGUUUUGCUUCCUUCCAGCCCCUCCCUGCUCAGAGGUGCCCACAAGCACACCCAUGGAUGUGUCUUGAUGAGUGGGCAGCUGCAGCUGAGCAGGCCAACUGAUGGGGACACACAGAAUGAUGAGUCCCAGGGGGGCCAAGUGUAGAAAAAUAAGGAAAGAUAGGCAAGAAAGAUUGUAAACAUGCUCAAGUCCCUUGCAGCUGAUGUAGAAAAACACAUAUACCAUACCCAUUGUUGUUUAGUUUUGUGUGUUCAGUAAGUAGAAUUCUGUGUUUAGAUAACACAGGCCUGUGAUAGACUUAGUGGCACCUUAUUUAACAUGCUUUAGAUUCCUGGCCUGCUGUGGGAAAGAUCAAAUCACAGUGGUAAACCACAACUGCAGAAAUCCUUGAUAAACAGGCAAAAACAGCAGGUUUAGUGAUCCUCUAGGGUGGACCAAGGUCCACAGUGCCUGCAUCCCUGUUUUAUAUGCCUCUGCCUGGGUGCUGCUUGGGGGAUCCUCCAGUCGGUGAGGUAACGAAAAUAAAUUUCCUCUUUGGCUUUCA